GUCUGUAGGGGAAGUCCCUGACGUCAUUCCCACUGCAGCUCUUUCUUCGCACAAGAACAACAGAUCUUGAAGCCGAGUCAUGCAUGAGAAUGGCUAGCUAAACUCUACACUGAUGGACGACUGGUAUAACUGCCCGGACAUAGCUGCCUUAAUAUACAAGAUGUCAACAGUUGAGAAUAACAUAGAUGAGAAAGUUGAUUUUCGAGAUGUCUCUAUCAAGACACCAAUGGGCAUCAAUUGUAAGCACUACUCGCGAGACACGUGUCUCAUGCACUUCCCUUGCUGCCCAAAAGAUCACUUUUACCCUUGUCACAAAUGCCACAAUGAAAUGAUGGAAGAUGAAACCUUGUGGAAAAACAAAGCUGACAACGAAAACCAGCCGUGCACUGAUGAGAAUGAUGUUGAUAAAGAUGACAGUGAAAUAAAUAAUAAAAAUGACAGUAAUAAACAGAUGGAUUCAGUUGAUACCAUGGAAAUCCUUGCUCUGGCAUCAUCAUCAGAAUCAAUAAAGCAUCAUAGUUCAGUGGAUAGAAAGUCAGUGGAUUCAGUCAAAUGUACUAAAUGCCAUGUUGAACAGGAGUUGCUUCAGCAUUGCAUCUCCUGUAAAAAGAAGUUUGCUUCCUAUUUUUGCAACAAAUGCAAACUGCUGGCAAAUAACAAGGAGCUUGACCCUUACCAUUGUGACAAAUGUGGAGUGUGCAGAGCUUACAAAAGCGAGUACUAUCACUGCGAUGGCUGCAAUUUGUGUAUGGACAAAAAACUGUUAAACAAACAUAAAUGCAUUGCUGACAGCCAAAGUGAUGAAUGUGCAGUUUGUCUACAGGAAGUGUUUUCUGGAUGUCUGGUGUUUCCGUGUGGUCACAAGGUACAUGAGGACUGUGCGCUAAACUUGGUCAUGAGAGGAAACAGCAUCAACUGUCCUGUUUGUCGUCAGCCAUUUCUGGACCUCAACUCAAAGAAACCUGGACUUUUUAAAAGAAUUUGGCAAAAGUUCUUUAAUUACAGAGGAAGUACCUAAAGCCAUCCUGUGCUGAUAACAAAACAGAUAUUUAGAUAUUUGGCUAACAAUAUAACAAUAUAUAACAAUAUAAGGAAAUACAGGGAAGAACACUGAA